AUGUCUGGAGCUUCCGAUUUUUUGUCCAAAGGAAUUGAUCUUGUUCAAAAGGCGAUUGAUGCCGAUACGGCCACUAGAUAUGAAGAAGCAUACAAGUUAUACUAUAACGGAUUGGAUUAUUUGAUGCUAGCAUUAAAAUACGAAAAAAACCAGAAAUCUAAGGAGUUGAUUAAAUCGAAAUUCACAGAAUACUUGACCAGAGCUGAGCAAUUAAAGGAUCAUUUAGAGAAACAAUCGAAAUCUAACACAGCAGAAGGAUCGUCAGAUGGGUCAACGAAGGCUAAGAAAUCAGGAGAUGGAGAUGAUGAUGAUACGAAAAAGUUGAGGGGAGCAUUGGCAGGAGCCAUCUUAUCGGAAACGCCGAAUGUAAAAUGGGAUGAUAUUGCAGGGUUGGAAAGUGCCAAAGAGGCUUUAAAAGAAGCAGUCAUAUUACCAGUAAAGUUUCCUCAGUUAUUUACGGGAAAUCGUAAACCAACUUCGGGUAUCUUGUUAUAUGGUCCACCAGGUACAGGUAAAUCGUAUUUGGCAAAAGCGGUAGCUACAGAGGCCAAGUCUACAUUCUUUUCUGUAUCCUCGUCAGAUUUGAUUUCAAAAUGGAUGGGAGAAUCUGAAAGAUUGGUCAAACAGUUAUUUACUAUGGCACGAGAAAAUAAACCCUCGAUCAUUUUUAUUGAUGAAGUUGAUGCAUUGUGUGGACCAAGAGGCGAAGGUGAAAGUGAAGCGCUGAGAAGAAUCAAAACCGAAUUAUUGGUUCAGAUGAAUGGGGUGGGUAACGAUUCGAGCGGUGUUUUAGUUUUAGGUGCAACUAAUAUUCCAUGGCAACUAGAUGCUGCUAUAAGAAGAAGAUUUGAAAGGAGAAUUUAUAUUGCGUUACCAGAAGCGGAAGCAAGAACAAGAAUGUUUGAAAUUAACAUUGGAACUGUUCCGUGUGAAUGCACAAGUCAAGACUACAAAAUGCUAGCUGAUAUGACAGAAGGAUAUUCGGGUCAUGAUAUCGCAGUGGUAGUGAGAGAUGCUUUGAUGCAACCUAUUCGUAAGAUUCAGCAGGCCACUCAUUUCAAGCAAGUAUUGAACGAAGAUGGCGAAGAAAAAUUGACUCCUUGCUCUCCAGGUGAUGAAGGUGCUAGAGAAAUGAGUUGGCAAGAUAUUGAUACUGAUGAAUUAAAAGAGCCUGAGUUGACUAUCAAGGAUUUUAUUAAAUCGAUUAAAAAUAAUAGACCUACUGUUAAUCAAUCUGAUAUUGGUAAUCAUACCAAGUUUACGGAAGAUUUCGGUCAAGAAGGUAACUAG